AUGCACACAUUCAAGACUGCAACCAUCAAACACAGUACAUUGCUAUGCAACCGUCAUUUUUCAACUGAAGCUCCUCCACUUUAUUCUAGUCAUUCACCUGAAAUCAUGAUAUUUGAUCGUAUUGCAAAGAAGCGACAAAGAGAUAGAGCAGCUCUUUUUCCUGACAGUCGCUUGGUGGAUUAUUUAAAGGAUGAAAUGGCUGAUCGGUUGGCUGAUCGUUUCUUGGAUAUCAAGAAAGAGUUUGAUGUUGUAUUGGAUUUAGGAUGUGGAUUUGGGCAUAUCAUCAAGUUUGCUGAUCCAGAGAGUAUCAAGAAACUAGUCAUGAUGGACAUGUCUGAAAAAAUGCUAUCAAGGGACAGCCAUAUUCCAUAUCCAAUUCCGGCUGAGCGCAUUGUAGGAGAUGAAGAAGCUUUGCCUUUUUCCAACGACACAUUUGACGCAGUUGUUAGUAAUCUGAGUCUGCAUUGGGUCAAUGAUCUUGCAGGAGCAUUGAUUCAAGUCAAACAUGCAUUGAAACCAGAUGGAGUGAUGAUCGCUAGUAUGUUUGGUGGAGAUACCUUGUUUGAAUUACGCACAUCAUUACAAUUAGCUCAGACUGAGCGCGAUGGAGGUGUAUCUGCUCACGUAUCUCCCAUGACAGAUGUACGAGAUACUGGCAGUCUAUUGUCUCGUGCUGGAUUAAACCUUACUACAGUUGAUGUAGAAGAAAUUGUUGUGAAUUACCCAUCAAUGAUGGAACUCAUGGAUGAUUUGAGAGCCAUGGGUGAAGGAAACGCUAUAUAUGGAAGAAAACCUAGCAUGUCUAAAGAUGUGUUCAUGGCAGCAGCAGCAGCAUAUCAGGCAAUAUACGGCAAUCCAGACGGUACCAUUCCUGCUACGUUUCAAAUUAUAUGCAUGAUUGGAUGGAAGCCGAGUGAUACACAGCCCAAACCACUACCAAGGGGAUCAGCAAAACUAUCCCUUAAAAGCAUUGAACAGAAUGCCAGUAGUUUCGAGUCUUUUGAAGAUUCUGACAAUGGCCGAAAAAAUAAGUGA